AUGUCCGUGAGCAGCCCCGGCUUCUGCGCCAGCCCGCGCAGCCCCGCGCAGCCCGCGCCUCCGGCCGCGCAGCCCCGGCCGCGCCGCCCGGCGGUCCACUUCACGUUCGCCGCCAAGAGCCCCGCGCAGCCCGCGGCAGCCCAGGAGCCCCCGCGCCCACGUCCUCUGCGGAAGGAAUGUGGUGGAAUCUGCGAAGGCUGGCGGCUACUUCUCCUUCCGGCGCCGCCCUCGCCGGGCCGCGCGGCGGCGGCGGGCGGCGGCGUGGGCGGCGGGGGCGGCGGCGGGGGUGGGCGCGGAGCCGGCGCGCGGCCGCGCGGGGUGACCCGUGUCGCGCUGCCGCCGCUCCACCUCCGACUGACGGACCUGCAGGAGGGCGGGACGGCGGGGGCGGGGGCGCCGGGGGCGGUGCCGCCCCGCGCUCGCGCCCCUGCUCGCCCGCGCGCGCGCCGGCUCCGUGAAGGCGUCGCCCGGCGGCGGGCUGCCUUCCUGCGUGCGCGCCGCGGCAGCCGCGACUCCACGCGCGAGCCGUCGCGCGAGCCCUCCAACGAGGACAUCGGCCCGCUCAACUUCUCCGCCACGGCGCGCGGCCGCCAGCGCCGCACCUCCAACUUCCUCGAGCUGCCCGUUCUGCGAAGCUUGAAAUCAACAAUCAAGAAAAAAGCGCAUCGUACCAAGCAGACGAGCCUGAAAAACCGCAUCUAUUACAGCGAGGAAGAUGCAGGACUGGGAAGCACUCUAGUGGAAAAGCUAGCUAAGGUGCCCAGCUCGCUGCCACGCCUCUUAAAUCGCAGGCCGCCGCCGCCGGACGGGUGGACUUUCUGCACGCGGGGCGUUUCAUUAUCACCUCAGGCCAGCAGCUCCAUUCACACGCGAAUGUACGCGGCGCGGCAGCCGUCCACGCCGACUCGCAUCUACAGUCCCCGCCCCUUCUGUAAACGAGACCGAGACCUAGCGUGGGCCCUCCCGAAACGAGCCACCCCAGCUCCACAAACUGCAGGAUUCGUAUGCAACGGGCACCCGCCAGGGCAUAAAACCCAGCGACACGAACUAGCUGGCUGUCGGGCAGGCAGGCCCAGCCUCCUGCAGCCGCGCGGGUGGCCAGGGGCGGAGCAGAGCAGCCAGAGAUUAGAUAAGAUUAGGGCGGCGCAGCUGGGCUCCCGCGAUGCGGAUUCAAAGUCCAAGUCAUGCGAGAACCUGCACGUGCUGUAGCCCAACGGCCGGGCGCCGCCUGGAUCGGCUCGGCUCGGCUCUGAUCGGCGCGCUUCGGGUCGCCUCGGCGCGGAGAGGUGCGGCUCGUUGCGUCAAGGCAGGCUCGGCUCCUCUCGCCUCGACUCGGGCGGAGUCGACUUGGAUCGGAGCGAGUCGGUCAAGUCCGGCACGGGUCGCCCCGGACCGGUGCGCUGCAGCUCCCUCCGACAACCUCCAGGUAUCAGGAUCGACUCGGCGGGGGUGCCGUCUGAUCGGCUGAGCUGUAAGACGGCCGAGGCGCCGCCGCCGGGCGGGGCCCGCCGUCGCCCUGCCCGCCGACCGCCGCUCGGCUCGAGCCCGGUGGAGUCGUUUCAAGUCGGCCCUGCUCGGCGCGAGUCGCCAGGGACCGGCUCGGCGCGUCUUGGGUGGGCCCGGCAAAGCGUGCCCCUCCCGGGUUUCGCUAAGCGCGUGUGCCCUUCCCGCUUCCGAGACUCAACCGUCUCCCCGCCCCGUGCCCCACCGCCGCCGCCCCUGCUGCACAGUGAGUCUGCACCCGCCCCAUCCGCCGUCGCGCCUGACGACGAGUCGUUUCUGCUACAUGGCAUCCAGAGUCUGCUGGUUCUCUUGACGUUUGGUUUCAAAUGGUGGGAGAAACGCGAUGUUGUGGAGUCGUGCACUCACCACAGUACCUCAAAUGGGAUAGGAACUCCAAGAGGUCAUUCAGUGUGAAUUCUUGUGCUAGGCUCAGUAAAAGAGAGAAUGCUAAAAGCCACGGUCACGAAAAGAGAAUCUUUUUGCGAAAUAUUUUUUUUAGAAAGCAAGAGAAAGAGAUUUCCUGAUAAGUAAAAAUGUAGCACAAUGUAUUGUUUCCAGCGUUAAUCAUUCACAAAAACUGUUAAGAGGAGAGGGUACCGACUAUGUUAAACUUGCUACUAUUGAUGUACCUUUUAUACAAAAUAGUUAACUAGAACAUUUUGAUAAUUCAUACAAUUAAAUAUAACAUCUUUUUUAUUACUUUGGCAACUUUUGCCCUAAUUUUUUCAGCAUUUUUUGACAAACAUUAUUUUUUUAUUAUUGAAAAAUGUUUAUACAAAAAUGUCCGUUUAUCUCUAAAACUGUAAAUAAUAUAUCCUGUAAUUUUUAGUAAAUUAUAAAUAAUAGUUUAUGUGAAAAGUUACAUUAAUUACAAAAUCAGUACAUUUUCGGAAAACGCCCUUUGAAAAAAGUCUGUACUAGCCGCUACUCUACUAGAACAUUCUGCUCCGUAGUCUGGAUAAUUUCUUCACAGUAAAAUACUAAUGCUACCUUCGUCUGAAAAAGAACGUGUUUCAAUAACUUAUUAACAAUAGGCGUUUAAAAUUACGAACAUAUAGCAAUACUUGGGUGCAGUGUCAAUGAAAAGGGGGCGUUGCUCAUUCGCACUUAGACAUUUGAAUUAGAAUUGAAGGGUACUCCAGGCAUCCUUCAAGAAGAAAAAGGUUGAAAUAUUUGGAAAGAGAAAGAUUAUUUAUUUAGCUAAAAAACGAAAAUCGAUCAUUUGACCCACUUCAUGGUACCCUCUCCCCUUAAAGACAUUUUCAUGUCACUCAUGACUCGAAGCAACCGUGCAAUUUUCGAGAUUUAUUAGUAAAGUAUAAUGGAGGUUGGAUUAUUGCGACUUCAAAAACAUGGAUGCAUUUAUUCUCUAAAAAUAAUCGAAAUAUCUUACAAAAUCAAAAUAUUGCGUCCAAUAUUUUGUUGGAAAAGUUAUUUAGGUUUAUAUUAAUUUAUUUUACUUCGGCUCUUGACAUUUCUGUUAAGUCUGUUGUUGGUACCGUAAUAUUAUGUACUACUUAUGUGCUACCAAUUAGAAUUAUAUAAUAAUCAAUUCUACACUUGUAUUUGAUAAUAAUUGAAAGUUAUCUUGCAAUUCUCACUAAUAAACUGAUAAAAAUUCAUUUGAUUAUGUGAAAUUCUAAAGCUUCCUGAUAUUUAAUACAGAUAUUUAUUGAUUCAUGUCAUUAAGGGAAUGCGAAUAUUGUUUUUGCUAUCGACUUAAAAAUUAAUUAUUUAUCUUGCAAGUAAAUAAAUUUAAAAAAACAUAUAUGGCUAGUAACUUAUUGCGUGUGGAAUAUAAUGUGAAUGAAAUUAAAAUAAUAAGACUUCUGAAAGGUUUGCGAGCCUUUGAAGAAUACAAAAAUACUGGACAUUAUUAGGUGUUGUGUAGACCAAUAAAAGCAUCUCUCUUUCACCAACCUUCUACGAUACACCCGAAUUUUACAUUCCAAGAAACUACGUGAUCACGAAGGAAGUGAGUUUUGUAACGAGUUGUGGCUUUGGUAAAACAAUCAGUCAAACGGUAUGAAAAUGUAAUGUAAUAAUACUCUCUUUGUAGAAAAAAGUGCAUACACUUGUCAUUCAAUUUCAAGAUUUCUUGGCAAUAUGACAGUUAUCGUGACCAUCUAGUGUCUAAUCCUUUUAGAUAUGCAAUUAAAACAAUGUUAAUUGAAAAACCUGCAGUUUCAUAUUUUUUAAAUAAAUUCAUUUACUUGGGUAACCAGUAUUUUAAAAUUUGUUCACAUUAUUUCAGAUCAAAAACACUGGAAUAUAAUGUUGCAGGGAAAAUAAUAUUCUAUUAUAUAAGACAAAGCAAAAGACGAACUUUGUUUCUGAUAAAUAUUAAAGUUCUGAGACAUUGACCUUUGGCUUUACUCUUGACAUUCACUUAUUCUAACAUGGAGUUGGUAAAUGUAUAAAAAGCAACAGAAAAAAUAUUAAGUUUUACAAACACAGGUGGUUUUAGCAUUUGAUGCAACACUUCAUUAAAAAAACACAUAAUUUGUUGUAUAUUGUUUCAACUUUUAUGCUUUAUGCACUCAAACGUGGAUAAGUGGGAAACCUCUUACUAUGGUUGUUAUGUACCGAUAUUUUUAUACAAAUUAUUAAAAAUUACAUAUUAAUACAAACUAUUAUUGAAAAUGUAAAAUCUGUUUAACUGGAACCGCGUUUCAUCCAGAUUUGUCUAGGUGUUUGCCAACAGAGGACGUGUCAUUCUUUAAUUUCUCAAAAAAUUUAAAUUUUCCAAACUUUUGAAAUCAUUUCUAACUUUAUGUCAACAUUAACAUGCACCAUCCGAAUAUUCCGUAGAAACCUAGUAGAUAGAACGUGUCCGCAGAACUUUUAAUCUAAAGAAUGCACAUCCCAAAUGUUGCAACAAAAGUUAAUUCUUUACCGACGAGUGAAUGAUUAAAAGUACUGCGUGAAUGUGAUAAAUGCAAGAAGCAUAAAUAACUUUGUUAACCAUUUAAUGUGAUAAAAUCGACUCUUAUACUUAAAUGUUUUAUAUACAGUUUACGAGUAUUAAACUGUAUUUCACAACACGUUGCUUAUAAAUAAUUUUUCUUGUAAUGGAAUUGCACCCCAUCAAGCUAUUAUUCACAAUUAGAUCAUCUUUGUUAGAAAUAAAAUCUUAGCCCUUUUGAUCUACAAGUUUUGGCAUCCAUUAUAAGAGUACAAUAAAAUAUAUGUACAAUUAUGGCAAAAUAGAUGAAUUCCAAUAACAGUAAUACUGAGGCGUCGAUCAGCCAAAUUCUGAUUCUAUACCUAUUAGCAGUAGCUGUUUCUCAAGGCCGGAGAAAAGGACGAAUGAUCUCUCAUAUUGUCUUCUUUGGAAUUGAAUUUCCGAAUAAUAUUUUUGCUUUGAUAUAUCAACGAAAAUUGACAAUUUUGUAGUUCAGAGCUACCAGGCAAUUUACUUCUAACUAGUUUCAAUUGCGCGUGCUUUUUAAUCGACGUGAAAACUCCAAAAUCGCUUUGAGGACCAAAUCGCAUCACUUCUUCCUCUCGUGUAGUAAUAGUGCCUAUCACAGAGCCCUGCAGCGGCCAGAAAUAUUUUCUAAUGCUACUCCAGGUCCUGAGUGAGAAGUUCCGCUUGUAAACCGCCACCAUUUGCCGCUUAUUUGAAUCAAAAUUUGGCUGCUGAGCGCCCACAAUGACCGCGUGUCAUGACCAACCCCAUGGCCUGGGGGAAGGCAGUUGCGGGUAUUCUCAUCUCACCCUGUGGAAUUGUCAUGAGCCAUGGGCCUGGAAGAAGGCAGCUUGGGGUAAUUUCAUCGCGUCUCACUCUGUGGAAACGUCAUGGGCCAUAGGCCUGGAGGAUGGCAGCUGGGGGUAAUCUUAUCUCAUUGUGUGGAAUCGUCAUGAGUCAAGGGCCUGGAAGAAGGCAGCUUGGAGUAAUCGCAUCUUAUCUCACUCUGUGGAAGCGCCAUGAACCAUGGGCCUGGAAGAUGGCAGCUGGGGGUAAUCUCAUCUCACUCUGUGGAAUCGUCAUGAGGCAUGAUCGUGGAGGAAGGUAGCUCGGGGAAUCUCAGAUCACUCUGGGAAUCUCAGAUCACUCUGGGGAAACGUCAUGAGUCGUUUGCCUGCCGGAAGGCAGUUGGGGGUAAUCUCAUCUCACUCUGUGGAAGCAUUGUGGGCAGGCGUAAAUCCAUAUCAAAGUGCAAAUCGAACCGAUACAUGUC